AUGUUCUCUCGACUAGGUUCCAACACGACUACGAUUGGACAUUUGCGCGGGCUGGGUCGUGUUUCCUCCUUACAACUGCUAGUGGCUCCUCAGUUUAAUCGUAAUGCAUAUCAUAUUUCUUCCCUCUCCGUCUCCGUCACCCGAUCACUAGCGUGCAUCGCCAGGGACUUCGGUACCUUUUUGAAAUCGUUUAAAGACGAUAAAUCAAGGACGUGGUUUUCCCUUCUUUUCCUGCGCGGCUGCGCCUCGGACGUCAAAACGCAAAUAAUUGUAGAGAUGCUGUCUUCUAUCCUUCUGCCGUCGGGUCUUUGUCUAUUGAGCGCUAUUAUCACACCUGCGCGAGCACAAUUUCAAUGGCAAUUCAACAAAAGUUACUUCCACGUCAUUGGCAACAUCUCCGGAGUCCCUCCGUAUUAUAUGACGGCUUUUGCGAUCGGAGGGACACCCACCACAACUCUGAUAGGAACGGAUGCCAGCUCCCUCAGCUGGACGGUCACUCAACCUGUUGAUGCAGUAGGUAGUGAGGGUGGUAUUCCCGCAGACAUUUACGAGGUUACUGUACUGGGCGGUUCCUCAAACACCGACUGCAACGGCCUAAGCAGUUCAAGUGAUCACUCAACCUCGACAAUCCUACAGUCAUCGACAAGCCUUUCGCAUUCAAAAACUGAGUCUGGCACCCCACAACAAACUGGAUUAGCGACGGUGAACGCAACACGAAAGAACAAAACUCCCCUCAUUGUCGGUGUCACGGUUCCCCUAGUGGUUAUUUUUGUCCUCGGUGGCAGUGUAUUGGCACUUCUCUACCUGCGCAAGCGAAGGACGCGGCAGGCGGAAAAAGAAGAUCCUCUUCAACCUAGACAAUUUCGCAUAGAGGAAGAGAGCCAAAGGCAGGCGGUAAAUCAUACAGAAACUCCCUCACCCAGCGGAAAGCAUCUUGCAGCAUCCAGACAUGCACAUUCCCCAGCGACCGCUUCAAACGCGAUGCCGUCAGGGUCAACCACAGCCUCAAGCAUUCCAUCUGGCACCAGUGGCGUCAGUAGCUCAAAUUCUACGCCCAGCCAAACGAGGCCAACGCAGAGGACCGAUGCCACAUCGGAGGAUGUGGGGCCUGGGGAGGGAGAGACCGUGUUUCAACAUCGGGAUGCAGCAGUUGUUAGAGAGAUUCCUCCUCCAUUCGAUGGUAUCUCAGAUGUGACUUUUGGAGAGGUCGGCCGUCCUUCUCCUAAGCAUAACGGUUACACGCAUUGCGCCUCGACAGACUCGGACUCGUGCUCACUUCGGCAUUUUGGGCAAAAUUGGGGCUAG